AUUUAAUGUUCAAGGCGUAAAGUUUAAAAUUGCGGUGAAACUACGAAACAAAAAAUAAAUAAAAUAAUUAAUUUUUUUUUUUUUUUUAAAUUAAAAUUAAAAAAAAAUACAGAAGAAUAAUUAAUAAAAAAAAAAUUAAUUUAAUUCUGUUAUAUAAAAAAAAAAUUAUUUAAAAUUUUAUUAUUAAAAAAAAGAAGUAUUGCAAACACAAAAUGAGAUUAAUAAGAGGAACUAUAUCAUCUUUGAUGAUAAUUUUUAUGGUAACCUCAACCGCCUAUUCUCAAUCUUUUUCUGAAUCCAAUUGUUUACUAAAUCCAAAUGAAGAUUCAUCAAACAUAGUAAAAGCACAAAAGACCGAUAAAUCAAAUUUAUACCGAGGUCAACAAGAUUUUACAAUGUCAUUAUUAAGAGCAGUUAAUAUGGCAACACCAAAUGAAAAUGUAUUUUUUUCACCAUAUUCAACAUAUCAUGCUCUCUUAUUAGCAUAUUUUGGUAGCGCAAAUAAUACAGAAAGAGAAUUGAUUAAAGCUUUACAUUUGGAUUGGGCUGCAACUAAACAAAAUGUAAAAUUUGCGUAUACAUCCCAAAAAAAAUCACGUAAUUAUAAAGAAAAUGAUGUUGAAUUUGCUUCAGCUGAUAAAAUUUAUGUUGGAUUAGAUACACCAUUACGAGAUUGUAUUAAAGAUAUAUUUACAGACGAAAUUGAAAAUGUUAAUUUCCAAGAAAAACCUGAAGAAUGUCGUAAACAAAUAAAUAAAUGGGUUAGUGAUUUAACAAAAAAUGAAAUACCAGAAUUUUUAAGUCAAGGUGAUGUCAGCUCUCAAACUAAUAUGAUAUUAGCUAAUGCGGCAUAUUUUAAAGGAGAAUGGGAAUCAAAAUUUGAUACAAAAAAUACUAAAAUGGAAGUUUUUUAUACUGGACCAGAAAAAAGAUCAUUUGUUGACAUGAUGAAUCAUAAAGGAAUGUAUUAUAUGAGUAUAAGCGAACAAUUAAAAUGUCAUAUUUUGGAUAUACCAUACAAAGGAAAUGAUCAAAUUUCUAUGAUGAUUUUAUUACCACCAUUAGUGAAUAAUGGUAGUAGUUUACAAGAAGUUUUAGAUAGAUUAACACCAGAAUCUUUAAAAUCAGCAACCGAUGAUUUCGAAUUAAGAGAGAUUAAAGUUGGUUUACCUAAAUUUACAUUUGAGCAAAGAUUACAAUUAGUACCUAUUUUAAAUGAAAUUGGAAUCAAUGAUCUUUUUACUGGCCGUGCAAAUUUAAAAACAUUUUCUGAUAGCACAAAUUUAGCUUUAGGUGAUGCAUUACAUGUUGCCAAAAUUAAAGUUGAUGAAGAAGGUUCAACAGCAGCUGCUGCAACAGCAUUAUUUAGUUUUCGAUCAGCACGUCCAUUAGAACCAACAGAAUUUAUUUGUAAUCAUCCAUUUUUAUUUUUAAUAUAUGAUCAUAAAUUGAAAGCAAUUUUAUUUGCUGGUAUUUAUCGUAGCCCUUAAGUUAUACAUAUAAAUUAUAUAAGAAUAAUGUAGAAAUUAAAAAAAAAAUUUAAUAUAUGUAUUUGUUUUUAAGAUUUUUAAUUUAAUUUUAGUCAUUUAUCCUUAAUUUUAAUUGAAUAAAUUUGAAAUUAAUUUUGUAAUUAAUAUGUUAAUAAUUUUUGAUAAGCAUAUGAUUUGUAUUUGCAAUAUGUGAAAUUUUUUUUGGUUUUAUGCAGCAUCGAAUAUCUAAUUGACACUUUUUCAUUGUCAUUAAUGUUUUGGCAAUUGUUUUAAUCACAAAAUUUUAUUAAUUUGCUCGUGUAAAAUCUAGAUACUUUAAAAUCUAGCAUUUAUUUUAAAAUGUAAUUCAGUUUUUUUAAUUAAUCAAUAAAGUAAAAAAUUAAUUUAAGAUUUUUGCUUAAAAUUUAAACGGUGCUGCUAGUAACUAUGAAAAAGUUUGUAAUCCUUUUUAAUUAUCAGACAUUUAAUUUAAGUAAAAUGAAAGUUAUUUUUUGUGAUGUAAAAAAUUUUUGUUAAGAAGUUCUCUUUUUUUUUUUUGUAAAUAUUAUAAAUGUAUUUAGAU